AAUUGGGGUUGUAGUAUGCAUUGAAAAUAUUUCUGUAAAAUGUUCAAACCAUUGACUUUGUGGGUGUUUAUCAUUCAUUGGAGUGAAAUUGUGCUAUUAAAUCAAGAAAAACGAACACAUAUGAGGCGCAGUUUGAUGUAUAAACUCAAAAUAUAACCCUACUACUGAAAGUGUCAUGCCUUUUGAAAAGAUAUCUAUGCAGAUCAUCGUUUCUGGCUAAAGGCUCCAGAUUUGUAAAUGGAUCGGUAAAGUAGUAUGCAUAUAAAAGUAAUUGUGAGACUUUAAACCAGCCACAUAGACUCAAAAGUCUGUGUUUUUUCAUGCAAUCCUGCACGUAAUAAACAGAACGACCUGUGUGCACUCUGCACUUCAAGGUAUAAAGAGGAUUUACCUGGAAUUAAGGUUGCCAGGGGCAUAUGUUUACCUUUUAGGUUCAACUGAACCCUCUCAAUAACUGGAGUUACAAAAAGCACAUUUGUGUGCUACACAGGUGUGAAAGAUUUAAAGUUCAAAAUCCAGUUAUUGCACAACCAGGAUUACAGUUGAACGGGGUUUGACACGUGGUUGCUCAGAGAGAGAGAAGAGAUUAGCCUUCAUCUCAGACCAUCAUCUUAAACAUGGAGGUGUUGACAGAUCAGGACGUCCAGAAGUACCGAGAGGAUGGGUAUCUGGUGCUGGAGGGGUUUCUGUCCCCAGAGGAAUGUGACUCUCUACGGGUGCGCAUGAGUGAGAUUAUUGAGCGCAUGGAUGUACCUGCACACUGCAGGACACAUUUCUCUACUGACCACGAUGAGCAGCUCAAAUCACAGGGGAAUGCAGACUACUUCAUCACAAGUGGAGACAAGAUUCGAUUUUUCUUUGAGAAGGGAGUGUUUGAUGAGAAAGGAGAGUUCAUUGUGCCAAGAGAACGUUCCCUGAACAAAAUCGGACAUGCUCUACAUGCUUAUGAGCCGCUGUUUAAAACCGUCACACACUCACCAAAAGUUCAAAACCUGGGUAGGAAACUCGGUCUGAUAAAUCCAGUGAUCCUGCAGAGUAUGUACAUCUUUAAGCAACCAGGAAUUGGUGGAGAAGUGACACCUCAUCAGGAUGCCACUUUCCUAUACACUGAGCCUCUGGGCAGAGUGAUGGGCAUCUGGAUCGCUCUGGAAGAUGCUACCCUGGAGAACGGCUGUUUGUGGUUCAUACCAGGAUCACAUAACAAUGGAAUCACCAGACGAAUGGUUCGGACACCUAAAGGCACGUUUCCUCUGACUGAUUUCAUUGGACGAGAGCAGAAUUACGAGGACAAACUGUUCAUUCCUGCUCCGAUUAAAAAGGGUGGAGCAGUUCUUAUUCACGGGGAAGUGGUCCACCGUAGUGCUGAAAACACAUCUGAUGCUUCACGCCACGUUUACACCUUUCAUGUGAUGGAGUCACAAAACACCGUUUGGAGCCCUGAGAACUGGCUACAGCCAACAGAAGAGCUGCCCUUCCCUUCCCUCUACAUGUAAGCAUCAAGAGAUCGCAUUUCAACGCGCCUGACAACACACAUUACCAAUAACACUUUCAGAAGGACAGUGAAAGUUAAAUGUAUGGACAUUGAAAAGACUUUCAAAGCCUGGACAACAAUCAAGGUUUAAGUAUACAAUUUUGUAAUUGGACCAAAUUGUUUUGAAUAGCUCUAUUUUACAUACAGCUACUACAGUAUUAAUAAAGGCUCGUUUUUGUCA